UCACACGGACAUAUUAAAGAGUGACACGGCUACAGAACCAUGUGGAGGAUGUAGCAUGCUCUGUGGUAGUCGGGAUUAACAUUUUGCCGGCGUGAUGCGUGGGUUUUUUCGUUACAGGACAAAUAUAUCGUAACAGUAGUUUACAUUGCGUUGUGUCUGAAUUCACGAACUCCGCUUAGCGCUCAAUUAUGGGGAAAUCUAAGACGAAAAACCAGAAGAAAUCCCGAGCACAAGCCAACCAUGUGGCCGAGGAGAACUACGGAGCUGUCCCACACUCCUUUGUGUUUCAUCGGGGCGAGGUCGGGAGAAACGUGGGUCAACUCAUCACGGACAUGCGGAGAGUGAUGGAACCCUUCACUGCAGAGUCUCUGAAGGUGACCAAAAAGAAUGUUCUCAAGGACUUUGUGGCAGUCGCAGGACCACUGGGAGUGACGCAUUUCAUUAUCUUCGGAAAGACAUCCACUAGUGUCAACAUGAGAGUCGCUCGGCUUCCUAAAGGUCCCACGCUUCACUUCAGGGUGCUCAAGUACUGUCUUAUCAAAGAUGUGGUGUCCUCCUUGAAGAAGCACAGGAUGCAUGAGCAGCAGUUCACACAUCAUCCCCUACUCAUCCUCAACAACUUUGGAUCCGAUGGCAUGCACAUCAAGCUCAUGGCCACCAUGUUCCAAAACAUGUUUCCUUCCAUUAAUGUGCACAAGGUAAAGCUCAAUACCAUCAAGAGGUGUGUGCUGCUGAACUACAACCCAGCGUCUCAAGAAAUAGAGUUUCGUCAUUACAGCCUCAAGGUCGUCCCUGUCGGCAUGAGCCGUGGAAUCAAGAAGCUGAUGCAGGAGAAGUUUCCCAACAUGAACAAGUUUGAGGAUAUCAGUGAGCUGCUGAUGAAAGGGGCAAACCUUUCAGAAAGUGAAGCAGAACAAGAUGGGGAGCACAACAUAACUGAACUACCGCAGGCUUACGCUGGAAGGGGCAACAUGGCGUCCCAACAGAGUGCUGUUCGUUUGACCGAGAUUGGUCCUCGCAUGACUCUGCAACUGGUGAAGAUCGAGGAAGGUCUGGCAGAGGGGAACAUCAUUUAUCACUCCUUUGUCUCAAAGACAGAGGAGGAAAUACAGGAGAUCCUGAACAGGAGGGAGUCCAAGCUGAAGGAGAAGGAAAAACGGAGGAAAAAGCAAGAGCAAGACAUCGCAAAAAAACUAGAGACUCGAGAAGAGAACAAGAAAAAAAGUUUGGAGGGCAUUAAAAGGAAACGGGCUGAAGUUGAGGAGGACAGUGAGGUGGAGGAUCCCGGGUUGCAGGAAGAUCAGACAGCUGCCGUCGAAUCUGACGAUGAGGUGGCGUAUUACAGACAGGCUGUGGGAGAGGAGCCAGAUGAAGAUAUGUUUCCUAGUGUCAAAAGGAAGAAGAAGGAUACGUUUCCUGGGCCUGCAAAGAAGAGGAAGUUGUCCCCUGGCACAACAUUGCAAAAAGACAAUUCAUCAAAGAGAAAAGACCCUGGAGGACGACACAGAGACAAACCAGGUCAAGGUUGGAAAUCAAGAGACGGGGAGAAACCGUUUGGAAGGAAUGCGAAACCUGGAGGAAAGACAUUUAGAACAAAGAAGUUUGGUGAUGCGGAAACUAAAUUUGGUGGUAAGAGAAAAGGAGGCAACAAAAUAUUUGGAAAUAAAAGCAAGGACAGAUCUUUUAACGUGAAAGGUCAGAAAGGGAAGCAAGGAUUUAAGAAGAGAGGAGCCGAAGCAAAGCAGGGCUUCAAACAGAGGAAGGGGAAGAGAUAUUCAGCUGAGAACAAAAUGGAGCAGAAUUCCUCCUACUGUAAGAACUUCCAAGUGGUUUUGCUGCCGUACGUGUAUGGGGUCGAGUUCGUCGUGGCGCUCACAGGAAACCUCUUCGCCCUGCGGCUGCUGGUGGUCCGAGAGAGGAGAAACUGGCACACCGGCGUCGUCCUGUCCUGCAACCUGGCCAUCAGCGACCUGCUCUACGUCCUGACGCUGCCUCUGCUGAUCGUUUACUACUCCAUGCAGAAGCACUGGAUAUUUGGGGAGCUCGCGUGUAAAAUGGAGAGGUUUCUCUUCACCUGCAACCUGUACGUGAGCAUCUUCUUCAUCAUGGCAAUAAGCGUGAACCGGUGUGUGGCGCUCGCCUGUCCCUUCUUCACCCGUUCCUAUGUGGAGCCUGUCCACGUGAAGAUCAUCAGCGUCACCAUCUGGGUGGUUGUAGCCGUCAUGUCGUGCCCUGUGCUCAAAUUUGCCUCUGUUUGCCCUGAUCGAAGAACCAACGGCACCAGCUCUGUGUGUGUGUCUUUCUGUGCAGACGCGGAAGCUAAGAACCACUUCACUUACAAACUGUUCCUCGCUGUGUUCGGCUGCAUCGUUCCCUUUCUGGUCACUUUCACUUCUUACUGUGUUGUGAUCCGUGUCGUGUGGAGAAAUGUCAGCGUAACCAGACUGGAGAGACGCAAGGUAGCGAUACUGGUCUCAUCAGUGAUUUUGCUUUAUGCCUCUUCCUUUUUACCCUAUCAUUAUUUUCAGACGUACACCUUUUACCUCAGAACAAAAAGUGUAUUCAUUUCUACCCCCUCUGAAUGUUGGAUUCAUUCCAUGUACCAAGUGUCCAAGGGUCUGGCUAGUGCCAACAUGUGCAUCCACCCGAUCCUUUACUUGGCCCUGUUUGACAGUAUAAGAGUAGCCUGUUGUGGGAAGAGGCUGGAGGACAGCAGUGUGGAGAUGGGGCAGUGAAGCCUCUCUGUGCUGUAGUUACAGCCUUAGUUGAUGCCAAAAAAGACUCUAGCAAAAUUUGAUAUUUAAUGUAAUUCCUUUUAUUUUUCCUGAAGCUAUGCUGUUAACCAUGUGUUGUAAUAAUCCUUCUCCAUUUGUGUUUUUUUUUUU